AAUAGGGAGUGUCGGAACAGGUCGUUCAAUUAAGGCAAACCACACCCAGCCCCUGUCCGACACGCGGCUGUGUAUUUUUUCCCGCAGUGUCAGGAGGUGUCUCGCCGAGGGUUGGAUGCGCGUCCAUCAGGCAGUAGCAGCCGACGACGGGACGGCGCUCGUACGCGCGCAGCUAAUUAAUUAAAAUCGGCGAUUACGGGCUCGGAGGUCCUACCCUCGUUCUAGCCGACGUUUGGAACAGGAGGAGCGUAUCAGAUCCGGAGCUACAUCUGGAGUUCUCGCUUGGAAUACCUUCGGGAGAGCCGCGCUCUUUGAACGUCGAUCUAGAGCGCGAUGGAGGAGACGGCGCUGUCGGCGUUCACGCCCUCCGGCACGCUGAACGAGGCCGCGACGAAGGUCCUCGACACGGAGGAGCAGACGUGGCUGGAGAAGACGCUGCUGGGCUUUCGCAUCUGGCAGCUCGCCGGCAUCGUUCUCUCCGUACUGCUGAGCAUCGUCGUCGGGCUGUGCUGCUGCAUCCGAUUCCGCGUGCCGAGGACGAAGCAGGAGAUCGAGGCGGACUACAUACGCAAGAGGAUCACCAGGAGCUUCCGGAACGAGCUCUCGAAGAUCAGCAACACGGAGAUGGACGAGAUGGAUCUGCAGAAAGCUCUGGACAGGAUCCGAAGCGAGUACGAGGGGGACACGUCCGCGAUAGCGAAGGAGUGCGCGGAAAUGGCGAAGCUGAGCGCCCGGCAGGGCUUUCGAACCAGAUUUAACGCCGUGUUCGAUGGGAUGCGUGUGCGUUUCAGUCAACGCGAGCACGCCACGAUCUAACGACGGCGGUUCGCCCUCCGAUGUUCUGCGUGAGAAGGUCCCGAAACGGACCCCUCGAAAGUAUAGCCCGUAAUUUUCUCGCCGUAUAACUUUCAGAGAUGAGGUCGAAUGAAACGGAAUAAGACAAGAAAUAUAUAUAAUUAAAAUUUUUCUUAU